CACUUUAUUAUAUUCAUACUCAUUCGAUGCCUAUAAAGUUGAUAGUCAUAGAACUUAUAACAGUAUUCAUUAAGUAAUCCUCAACAAAUCAGUUCUCAUUAAUUGCAUUUCCGUAUCCCAGUGCGCUGCCCAUUGCUUCACUUUUCUGCAGGAUAGUGCACUUAUUUCUUCUGGUAGCCUCCAACUGUUUGAAGAAAUGCCUGAACGAUGGUUUCAGUCAUUUCGACACCUACCCAUUUUUCAAUUCCUCCUUUUUUCAACACCCAUUUGAGCUUUUCACCUAUUCCUACUAUAAUGUUCGUUAUAACCCCCGCAAAAAAACUUCACUGCCGCAGAAAUGCUGCGAUUUUUAACCAAGAAAUGGGGUUCUUUCGGCGUUUUAAGCUUAGCAAGGGAAGAGCUGAGGAUAGUGCAUACUGCUGGUGUAGGAAAGGGCUAGGAAGUGAAGGGGAAAUGGAGCUGGAAGAAGAGAUUUUGGCUUUUAUGGAGAUAUCUGAGAACCCAAAUGCUUUUCCGACAAGGAAAGAGUUGGAAGAAGCUGGAAGAGUGGAUUUGGUGGAGGCUAUAAAGAAUAGAGGAGGGUGGUUUUCUUUUGGUUGGGACUCCGAGGAUGAUGACACUUGCACUAUGGACGUUAAUGAAGUUGAGACUGUGGAAAUGGAUUUUGACAUUGAGGAGUUUCAAAGGAGAGUCAACAGUUGUCAAGAAAGUGAUUCAUUACAUGGGAAUGAAGCUCAUUUUCCUGUUUCGGGAUCUUCUAGUUCUUCAUUUGGGAAUUCUUCUCAGCCCACCUCGUCCUCUGGUAGAUCGUUGGAAAUUGUAGCAGAGGAAGAUAGCGGGAUUGAAGGGAUAUUGAGUCGACUAGAGAAAGAGAGGAACUCGUCUCUUGGAAUUGAUCUGGGAAAACACGGACAUAGUUCUCAUGCUUCAAGUAGGGACAACAUAGAUGACAGAAGCUUUGGAACCACUGAUGCAGAUAGGACUGACCUAGGAAAAAAUGGUAGCCUCAAUAAAGGUAUCCCCAUGAAAGACAUUCGAAGGGAUUCAGAUGAGGAGCUUAACCAUAGCUUUUCACCACCCAUGUGGAGAAAAUGGAGCAUGCAACAUGCAGACCUUCAGGAUAUAGAGUUUGAAGCUGGUGAGGUUGCUCUAGGUAAAAGUUCGAUUGAAGGUAAGAGCGAAGCUGCAGGAGAUGAUCUAGUUAAUAUCACGGGGAGUAGAACCGAAGCUUUACGAAGAUGGAAAAAUGAAAACCACAACGAGAUAAGCACCCGGCUUCAGCAUUUAGAACUUGAGCUAUCCUUGACACUGCACUCGUUGAAAUCCAAAAGCAAGGAGUUAAAUUUGAAGGAGGUUCUUGGAAGCUCUCCAAGUGAUUUGCAAAGGCUUUCUGAUGCAUGGGAAUUCCAGGAGAAUGAAUUCAUGAAUGCCCGGGAGAGAUUGAGGUCGAUACGUGCAAAGCUGGCUGUGCUUGAGGGGAAAAUGACACUUGCGAUAAUUGAUGCACAGAAGAUAUUAGAAGAGAAGCAGGAGAGGAUUGAUAGUGCUAGUAAAGCUUUGCAGAUUCUUCGUACUGCUCGCAUUGUUUGGACCAACUCCGCCUCAGAGGUUCUUCUAGCAGGUUCUUUUGAUGGAUGGACAACUCAGGGUGAAUAUGAUGUCUUAUCAAUGAUUACAGUAAGGACAUCCUCUUCUGCAUGGUUUAGUGUUGAAGUGUCAUCAAUAGAGUCAACAUCUAGCUAUUCUUGAUUUCUUGUGGCCAAUAUGAAAGUAGUUCACAACUUAGUCAUGUUUGGCUAGAGCAGGAAAAUAAAAGAUUCUCUUUUAGGGGGUACACCCAAUUAAUAUCCAGUGCAAUAUGCUUUGCUGACUUGACUCGUGUAAAUUGCAUGACAUUUUGCCUUCACAAUCUUUUCUUUUCUCUUCUCUUUUGAUUGUGUUGGGAUCCAGAUGGGGUUUUGGAGAAGGGCUAUGGAUCUAAUCACAAUAAUAUGUGAUCACUUAUAUUCCUGUUAUUUGCUUCAUUUUCAAAUUUUAUUUAGUAAACUACAUAUUAUUUAGAAUUUGUACAGCAAAAAUCAGAAUUUGCUCAACUUACUAGUGCAAAUAAGAUAAAAAUGCGUCAGUGAAAUGGAGACUUUAGAAGCCAAGGUGCACUUCUUUAAUCCUUGCUGAGAACUUCAGAAGAUGGUCUACCAGGGUUUACCCUUUUUAUUUCCCGGAAAGUCACUUGGCAUUUAGGAAAGAAAUUAGAUAACAACAUUGCUGUACCCUUUUUAUUUCCCGGAAAGUCACUUGGCAUUUAGGAGAGAAAUUAGAUAACAACAUUGCUGUACUUGAGUUAUAGAGUUCCAUGUACCAUCAAGUAGAUUUCUCUAAAGCUGUUCCUAAAGCAUCAAAUGCCUUGAAAAAUGGCAUGUCAACAGUCUCUUAAUAAUGAAACCUGCACAUUUCUAUUUCUUCCCCUAAAAGGCCUUGUAUCAAGAACGUGAGGGACUUUGUGAUGUUGAUUUCAAGGGGCAUCUUGUCCUUGACUAGCAGCUUGAUGGGAUGUAUUUAA